AAAAAAUGGACAUAGUUUCAAGCUCAAGCACAAGCUCAGCAAGUUCCGAAGAGGAAACUUCAUUCCCCUUGGUAGCGAACAAGGAGUUACCAGAAAAGCCUGUACAUAGAAUCAGGAUGUUCAUCUCCUGCUGUAAUCUUAGAGAUCUGUACUAUGGAGCCAAGUCAGAUCCAUACUGUGAGGUCUGGUACAAGGACGAUGUCCAUUCUAGGUGGACUCUAAUUCUUACUACUGAAACUAUCAAGAAGACCUUGAACCCUCAAUUUGAAACCCCUAUUGAGGUUGACUACUGCUUCGAGAAGAAUCAGGAGAUUCAGUUCAGGAUUUUUGACGAAGAUCAACAAAAGAGAGCCUGACAAGCUCAACAUAAAACUACAAUCGCCAAAAUAGUUGGUGCACAUGACCAAAAUUAUAUUGGAAUUCUCGAUAAUGAACAUAGAGGGGCCAAACUCGUUGUGAUGACUGAGUCGGUGGUGGAACCUAACCUAGCCAUCCAAAUGGAUGUUUCCUGCCAGGGCCUGAAGUCUAAAAAGAAAUAUUUAGGUUUAGCCUCUACGAACCACCCUUACUUGGUGAUUAAAAAAUGAGAUCACCUAGAACAGAAAGAGGACGAUUACAAGAAAGCUCAAGUCGUCUACUCAUCAGAAGUUGUACAUGGCACUUUGAAUCCGUCUUGGCAAGUUGGUGAACUCCCUAUCCAAGAUCUAUGCUACUCAAAUUUAGAUGUUCCCAUUAUCUUCGAGAUAUGGUCAGCUCAAUCCAAGAGCAAGCACAGAAUAUACGGAAGAGUCAAAGGGACUCCCAGGGAUUUCUUAGAACAAGAAGGUAACCCAAUCCCUAUUAUUAAAAGACAAGGAAAUCCCUACGGAAAAUUGAUUUUUGAUUCCUUUAAAUUGAUUCACCAUCCGACAAUUGUCGAUUACUUAAGAGGUGGGUGGAAUAUUUCCUUGAGUGUGGCAAUCGACUUUACUUCCUCAAAUGGAAGUCUUUCUGACCCAAACUCUUUACACCACAUCGAUCCUGCUAAACCUAAAAAAUUGUCACCAUAUGAAAAGAUCAUUACCAGAAUUGGUGAAGUUCUUCAAUCUUAUGACUCCAAUAACCAGAUCCCAGCAUUUGGGUUUGGGGCUAAGCCUAGCUUCUCAGCUGAGGAAGAUCAAUCCCAUUGCUUCAACCUGAACGGACAAGAAAAUUGAGAGGUUGAUGGUAUCCAAGAAGUUUUACAAGCUUACAGAGAUGAAAUCGAAAACGGGAUUAAACUCUCUGGCCCUUCAGGAUUUGACCAAUGUAUAAGUACAAUGGUCGAAUACAUGGAGAAAAGAAAGCAUAAGUCUGAAUACAACAUUAUGCUUGUCAUCACAAACGAGCCAGUUGCUGAUAUGGAAAAGACAAUUACAGAAAUUAAGAAAGCUAGUAACCUUCCCAUGAGCAUUCUUAUCAUAGGACUGGGCGAUAAAGACUUCCAGAAACUAGAAAUGCUCAAGACCGAAAUCACACCAGAAGGAUCCUCCUCCAGAGAAACCGCUAAAUUCUGGAAAUUCAACCGCUCCAAAGAUAGACUCGGUGAACUUACUGAAAAAGUGCUUAGUGGAAUUCCAGAACAAAUUGUGGAAUACAUGAGUCUUAACAGGAUCGAACCGAAAAUCGUCCAGCACGAUAAUGUCCAAUAA